GCCAACAUGAAACAGCUCGAACACCUGCGCGCAGCCGAUGGACAUGUAGGCUACGCUGCUAUGAAACCCAUUAUUUUCAAUGACUUGCGCGCGCAAGAACUGGCCUGCCGCUGCGCUGAACAUGGCAGAGGCUUUUCCAUCCCCUCAUGGCCUGGCUUCUCCGAACAGGCGCUCAGCUUCAGCGCUGGACACCACCUCAGCAUGGAGCCCUGGCUACUGCCUGGAUGCAGCUCUGUCUACGACCGCCUGGUCAGUGAUGCGGGAGCAAGUCCUCGGUCCCUGCAGAGUGGUGGAGACAAAAACAACUUGGCUGCGCUCUCCUCUCAAAAGCCUCGCAGGUCGUCCAUCCUUGAGCGCUGUAUCCUGCGAAUAUCCUCAGCAGGCGUCCAGACAGAUGAGACUGAUGUAGUCCCCAGGUCUCCGAAGCCCUUCUGGUGUUCCCGUAACUUGGAUCCGUCGCGUUUCGAGACCAAUGAGUCGGUUCUGAAGCGUCGGCAGAAGCAGAUCCAGUACGGGAAGAACACCCAGGGGUACCAGAACUACCUGCAGCAGGUGCCAAGGCACCUGCGGAUCCCUGGGCUGCACCCGUCCACCCCUAACAAGUACCACAAGUACAGUCGGCGCUCAUGGGAUGCGCAGGUGCGGCUGUGGAGGAAGGCGCUGCAUGCCUGGGACCCCAGCGCCUCUGCCCAAAGUGACCAGAGCGAGGGGGACGCUCCCCUGGACCAGGACGCACUGCGAGGCCUGCUGGACCAGGUGGAUGAGGAGCGGGGCGUGGAAAUGGGCAGCCAGCUGGACGUUACGUCAGGAUCCAACGCCACACUGCUAACCCCACAGCCAGCUGGCAAUGCCGCACACGGACAGGCCAUGUUUUCCUCCGCUCCCCAGGAAGAGCUUUCAGUCUCCCGGGAGCGGCCCUUCCAGCCGGGGCUGGGCUAUAGUUUCAGGAGCGAGCUCACCGCCGAGGAGAACGUCCUGGGCUGGCUGCGCUUUCUGCUGGAGGCUGAGGACCACUCCUACCAGCCCUGAACACACACACAUACCACCUCUCGCCUACCCCACCCCUGCUCCACACACACACACACACCACCUCUCGCCUGCUCCACACACACCACCUCUCGCCCACCCCACCCCCGCUCCACACACACACACUACUCCUUCCUAAGGUUAACGUGUGUUUCUGUACCUUGUUGACAGGUUAACGUGUGUUUCUUUGAAGCUGCUAGUCACCUUUCCUGAAAACAUGAUUUUGAUGUUUAAUACGAUGUCCUGUCACAGUUGGUUUUGUUUGUUUGUUUGUUUGAAUGUUUCUGCACUUUUUGAACACUUGAGUGAAGGCAAAUAAAGAUGUGUUCCCAAUGUCUCUGGUCACUUGUAUGGUGGGCACUCGGGGUGCUAAUGCGCUGGGUUACGGAGUGGGACCGCUGGUCACCCCAACAUCGGAGAUAAGGGAGGUCGAGGAAAGCAUUUAACUCCUAUUUAUUUUGAUCCGAAAAUCGAUUCUCAAUAUCUCUAAUACACUCCAUUUGUCCAUGGAGUUUUUGUUUGUUUUAAUGUACUAAUGUGAAAUAAAGUUUGUCUGACUGAAAUGCA